AUGGGUAGCCCUAGAAGACGCUCUGUAACUGGUGAAGACCUUCCAAACGCUAGAAUAGUCAGUAACAACGUCUUCCAGUACCUGGGAUGGGACAUGACCCCAGUCAGCGCCGUGUUCUCCACCUACCUCACUCAUCACGGCCAGUUCAUUGAUCAUGACGUCAUCGCCACGCCCUUACCAAAAGAUGAAAAAGGCGAGGACAUUUUAGACUGCUGCAAUAAAACAAGGAAUUAUCCUGAACAUUGCUUCAAUAUCGAAAUAAGUAAGGAAGAUCCCUUUUACCGAGGAAAAACGUGUAUGAAUUUUGUCCGUCAUUUUGGUGGACCCUCAUUAAAUUGUGCUGCAGGUAGGAAUCUUUUUAUUAUCAGAAAGAUUCUGAAAAAAAAGAAUAAGAAUACAAGCUGA